AUGACUGCUGCCAAGUUUGCUGCAUAUCUGCAGCAGCUAGACUCGAGAAUGGGGGCUAAAGACAGAAAAAUUCUUCUUCUGCUGGACAAUGCGCCGUGCCAUCCAACGGAUACGUCGCAUUUGAGGAAUGUAAAAGUCGCAUUUCUGCCCCCGAAUUGCACAAGUCAGCUGCAGCCACUUGACGCCGGCGUCAUCAAAUGCAUGAAGCAGAAAUACAGGAAGUUUCUGGUUCAGCGUCGGCUAGCGGGCAUGGAACGCAAGCAGAUGGCCACGAAGCUCUCUGUGCUCGAUGCAAUGCACUACAUCGCUAGUGCAUGGGACGCGGUCACGCAGGAAACUAUCGCCAACUCCUUCAGACACUGCGGUUUUACGAGAAGUGGCGGCUGUUUCAGUGAGGCUGCAGUGCUUGAUGAUGACGAACCCGAGUUUGGGCGCCUGGAGCUGCCUGGAUCGUUCGCGGACUAUGUUGGUGCCGACGACGAUGUCGCUGUGUGCAGUGCAGUGUCGCUGGAUGACAUUAUUGAAACUGUGCGUCCCGACUCUGCGGAAACUUCCGACGAAGAAGAGAUGGACGAUACCGCAGAGGCAAGCGCUUCCGUACCGACUUACACGGACGUGUUGGAUUACGUCGACAACAUUCGGCGGUUUGCGUGCGCAUACGACGAGGUCGGCGACUUGCUGCAAGAUGUCGCAGCUCUCGAAAGGAAACUGAUGCGUCGUGGCUGGGCCAACUCGCAGAAAAAAAUUACAGAUUUUUUUAAGAGGUGA